AUGGAUACUUUAAUAGAACAGCAGCGUCGUUACCACGAAGAACGAGAACGGUUAGUUGAUGCUAUGGUUAAAGAAAUGCUGUGGAAAAAAUCUACUACCAGAGAUAUUAUUAAUUCCGAACACAGACAAAAAUUGUUACUAGAUCAAUAUAUGGAAGGAACUAAUAAACUAAAAGAGUUUUAUGAAGAUAAAGACGGUUUACGCAAAGAGGAAAUUACAUCCAUCACUGGUCCAAAUGAGUUUGCUGAAUUUUAUUUUCGUUUAAAAGGCAUUAAAGAUUUUCAUAAGAAACAUCCAAAUGAAAUAUCGGUUCCAUUAUCUGUUGAGUUUGAAGAUUUGAACAACCUCCGUGAGAAUCCUUCAGAGGAAAUGACCAACAUGGUAGAUUUUACCGAUGAAGAAGGUUAUGGAAGAUAUUUGGAUUUACAUGAAUGCUAUGAAAGGUAUGUGAAUUUAAAAGGAGUUGAAAAAGUUGAUUACAUUACUUACCUAUCCAUAUUUGAUCAUUUGUUUGAUAUUCCUAAAGAUCGUAAAAAUUCAGAGUAUAGAAAAUAUGUAGAUAUUUUAUUGGAAUACUUGCAUGGUUAUUAUUUACGAAUAAAACCUUUACAUGAUGUUGACAAUGAAAUGGAUACUGUUCGAAUUGAGUUUAUAAAUCAAUGGGAAGAAGGUACUUUUCCAGGUUGGCCAAAAGACACAAGUAGUGCUUUAGCCAAUGUUGGAGCACACUUAGAUUUGUAUGCCUUUUCUUCUUGGGAAGAAUUAGCCUCUCUUGGACUAGAUCGUUUGAAAUCGGCUUUGAUGGCAUUAGGAUUGAAAUGUGGUGGAACUCUGGAAGAAAGAGCUCAGCGUUUAUUUUCUACCAAAGGGAAAACUUCAUUGGAUCCUUCUUUGUUAGCUAAAGGUAAGCCAGGAAAAAUGAACCGCACUAAAGAACAAGAAAGGCAAAAAGAAUUAGCAAUGCUUGAGGCGCAAGUAUAUAGGUUCUGUGAACUCCUAGCCGAACAGAGAUUAGCAACUAAAGAGAAUGUUCAAAGAAGACAAGCUCGAACUGAAGGAGAACGUGAUGAUUCUGAAAAUGAGGCAAGUGCUUCAGAGUCUGAUGAUGAACAAGGAGAAGAUAUCCCUUAUAAUCCAAAAAAUUUACCUCUUGGUUGGGAUGGAAAGCCGAUUCCAUAUUGGUUAUAUAAGCUACAUGGAUUAAAUAUUAGCUAUAAUUGUGAAAUUUGUGGUAAUUUUACAUAUAAAGGUCCCAAAGCAUUCCAGCGACAUUUUGCUGAAUGGAGACAUGCACAUGGCAUGCGAUGUUUGGGUAUACCAAAUACUGCACAUUUUGCUAAUGUCACACAAAUUGAAGAUGCACUUGCACUUUGGGAAAAAUUAAAAACAAUGAAACACGAUGAGCGGUGGCAACCAGAGAAUGAGGAAGAAUUUGAAGAUUCUCAAGGAAAUGUAGUCACUAAGAAAACUUAUGAAGAUCUCAAGCGACAAGGCUUAUUGUAG